UGCUGCGUGACUGAAGGUCGCCGUCGUCCUCCAGAGAGACACGUAGUUGUGAGUCGGCAGUAUUCGGACGGUGCAGCACAGAAAAUCCUGACUCACUCGUACUCCCGAGUCGUCCUCCGGGUUCUGGAAAAAGCCGUAGAGGAGAAGAAGCGCUUCUCUGUCUACGUGACCGAAUCGCAGCCUGACUCAGCCGGGCGACAGAUGGCAGACGCUCUGAGGAAGCUGAACGUCCCUGUGACCGUAGUGCUGGAUGCAGCUGUGGGGUACGUUUUGGAGAAAGUAGACCUUGUUAUUGUUGGUGCAGAGGGGGUCGUUGAGAGCGGAGGGAUCAUCAACAAGAUCGGCACUUAUCAGAUGGCCGUGUGCUCCAAAGCUCACAACAAGCCUUUCUACGUCGUGGCAGAGAGUUUCAAAUUUGUCCGUCUCUAUCCGCUCAACCAGCAGGACGUGCCUGAUAAAUUUAAGUACAAAGCCGACACCCUGAAGACGGUACAGAACCUGUCGGAGGAGCAUCCGAUGAUCGACUACACGCCUCCGUCCCUCAUCACCCUCCUCUUCACCGACCUGGGAGUCCUCACCCCGUCUGCCGUCAGCGACGAACUCAUCAAGCUUUAUUUAUAACUCAAUAAAAACCCUUUUCUCCAAAGGUAAA